AUGGACCCGAGCCUGGACUUACCCAAGGAAGCAACCUGCACAACAUGCGCCUUCACGGAGGACUUUUCCAAUUACUGGACUGCGGUGUUGUACUUCCGUGCUCGCAACGGUACAUUCAAGCGAGUACCGCAGUUCCCGAACCAGUUCCUACAGCCGGCGAAUGGGGGCAUUACCGGUUUCCGCAUGCUGGUCAGAGAUCCAGCCAGACGCGAGGACAUGAACGACGGAGAUGCUCGCAUGUUGAGUUUCAGUUGCUGGAAGAAGAAUUUCGAUGGGAAGCAGGGAGCGCCUGGCGCAGGAUGCUGGGACGGAAAGAACCUUGACUCUCGCGACCAUAAGAGCCACGUCGCAUACGUACGUUAUGAGCAACCUAGCAGGGCAUCUUUCGAAUCCGGUGGCGCAUGCCCGGCUUCCCAUCCCGUCAAGAUUCCGCAAAACCUAUACGAAGUAGCGUGGGGCACGAGAAAAUUCAACGACCCGAACGACUGGCCUGAAGACGGCUCGCAGCCUUCGUUUUCAGUAGUGGAGACGCUGCCGGCUACGAAGGCUAUGGGCCAGUUCUGUUUUGUGAUUGGUCCUAUGUUGAAGACGCAGACUCCCCGUCCGCAGGCGGCGAAUAGGUGUACGAUUAAGUCGAAGAUACAGGAGGAUAUUGAUAGCUGGCUCACUGAACUUCUUGCGGGUCCGUCAGUAACUUUCUCCUGA